AUGACUACCAUAGCAAGGAAGCGCCUCGCCCAGGAACGGGCCGACUGGAGGCGGGACCACCCGAUUGGAUUCUCGGCCAAGUACUCGCCGCUGCCGGACGGAAGCGGGCUGGAUAUCAUGAAUUGGAUAUGUAAGAUACCCGGCAAAAAGGGGACGAUUUGGGAGGGCGGGGAGUACACCCUUACAAUGGAAUUCACGGACGACUAUCCCAGCAAACCGCCCAAGUGCAAAUUUACCCCGGUGCUCUUCCACCCCAACGUCUAUCCCUCGGGCACGGUGUGCCUCUCCAUUCUGAACGAGGACAAGGAUUGGAAGCCGUCAAUCACCAUCAAACAGAUUCUACUCGGCAUACAGGAUCUCCUGGACAAUCCAAAUCCGCUGUCUCCAGCUCAAGCUGACCCUUACAUGCUCUUUGUCAACAAUCGAGAGCAGUAUAACGCCAGAGUGCGCAAGCAGGCACUGGAAAACCGGCCCACUGAUUUCAACUGA